UACAGUAUAUACAGUACAGGCUUUAGCCUUAAGCUAACCUGACAGACUUUAGCCCUAAGCUAACCUGACAGACUUUAGCCUUGAGCUAACCUGACAGACUUUAGCCUUAAGCUAACCUGACAGACUUUAGCCCUAAGCUAACCUGACAGACUUUAGACUUAAGCUAACCUGACAGACUUUAGCCUUAAGCUAACCUGACAGGCUUUAGCCUUAAGCUAACCUGACAGACUUUAGACUUAAGCUAACCUGACAGACUUUAGCCUUAAGCUAACCUGACAGACUUUAGACUUAAGUUAACCUGACAGACUUUAGCUUUUAGCUAACCUGACAGACUUUAGCCUUAAGCUAACCUGACAGGCUUUAGCCUUAAGCUAACCUGACAGGCUUUAGCCUUAAGCUAACCUGACAGACUUUAGACUUAAGCUAACCUGACAGGCUUUAGCCUUAAGCUAACCUGACAGACUUUACACUUAAGCUAAACGGGACACAAAAGUUGUUGUUUUAACGAUAAAUAUAUCUUUAUGUACUAAUAACUAAUAUUGGCUUUAGCUGUAACUUAUAAAAAAUAAGUUAAAUAAAACACAUUUAUUUUUUAUAAGUUAGCUGUAACAUAUGGCGACGUCUGUAGCUAAUACUGUCAGUGACGUGUAAAAUUUUACGAUUCCAGGAAACGUUAGUUGUUUAUUCCCACCCGCAUUCUGACAAAUCCGCUCGUACUUCCGUGUUCUGUUUGCGUGUAUGGACGAAUCAGACGAAAGAAGGAAGCGUUUGAACAAAUCCUCGCACAGACAGCGGGAACGCGCCAUCCAAUCGCAUGGCAGGGGGCGGGGUUUUUGUCGAAAGUGGGUGCGAGAAACAAAAACAUGACAGCCGAGGAAGUGGGAGAAGUUAAUAGUAGCUAGUUUGCAAAUGAGCUUCACAUGCUAACUUUUUAUAGAAGGGGAGUUAAAUUCAGUGGAACAUAAAAGAUGAUUUUACACCGUGUUGUUUACGGGCUGCUUCCCGUGUUGGUGUGUUUAAGCGACGCCAGAAUCCAUCACCUCACUUUAAAGAAUGAAACACGGCUCCUCAUCCACCUUAACACCUUCGGAUACUUCGCUAACGGCACUCUGGAGUUCAAAAUGCUGUCUCUACAACUCCCUAAAUUGAACAAUGGAGAUGAGAUGGGCUUCAGUCUGGCCAGGUCCCGGGUAAAUGGUAUCCUUUCCUCCGCAACAAAGGAGACGGACAAGUGCAUUCUGCAAAAAAACAAGAGCGAGGACAAUCUGGUUUUAUUCGUCAUCGAUCCAAGAAAGAUGAGAGUCACUGUGAAGUUGUUUGGUUUGAAGGACAGUAUCUUACACGAUCUACCGCUGGACAGUGAAGCAAAUGUCUCUCGAAAGAAGAGAGAUGGACCCAUGCUCAAGUCUGAUAAUGAACAGAACCCUGGGGAGAAUGAUGCAGAGAAAAUGAAUAAAGUGAAAGGGUCAGAUGGCACGGCUAGUAAAGGGUCAGAUGGCACGGCUAGUAAAGGCUCAGAUGGCACGGCUAGUAAAGGCUCAGAUGGCACGGCUAGUAAAGGCUCAGAUGGCACGGCUAGUAAAGGCUCAGAUGGCACGGCAAGUAAAGGCUCAGAUGGCACGGCUAGUAAAGCUAAAGGGUCAGAUGGCACGGCUAGUAAAGCUAAAGGGUCAGAUGGCACGGCUAGUAAAGGGUCAGAUGGCACGGCUAGUAAAGGGUCAGAUGGCACGGCUAGUAAAGGGUCAGAUGGCACGGCUAGUAAAGGCUCAGAUGGCACGGCUAGUAAAGGCUCAGAUGGCACGGCUAGUAAAGGCUCAGAUGGCACGGCUAGUAAAGGCUCAGAUGGCACGGCUAGUAAAGGCUCAGAUGGCACGGCUAGUAAAGCUAAAGGCUCAGAUGGCACGGCUAGUAAAGCUAAAGGCUCAGAUGGCACGGCUAGUAAAGGGUCAGAUGGCACGGCUAGUAAAACUAAAGGGUCAGAUGGCACAGCUAGUAAAGGGUCAGAUGGCACGGCUGGUAAAGCUAAAGGGUCAGAUGGCACGGCUGGUAAAGCUAAAGGGUCAGAUGGCACGGCUAGUGGAGGUAAAGGGUCAGAAGAGAAGAAGAAGACCACAUCUCUUAUCCAGGUGAAGAACAUGAACGAUGCGACGUUGGUCCUGCAUCACUAUGAAGACGCCUACAACUUCACAUUUUAUUUCACUGUGGGUGCUGAGGAUCAGGGCCUCUACAACCUGGACUUUCAUUACUGCUCCAGCAGCACGCCUGGUCCCAUCAGCCCCUACACUCUGAGUGUGGAGAUCAAAGAGAGGAACCCAGGUGGCUUUCUCUCAGCUGCUGAUCUUCCUCUACCACGUCUCUACAUUAGCAUGGCUGCCCUGUUCCUAAUGGCUGCCAUCAUCUGGACAUCAACACUGCUCAAACACAAGUACAGCGUGUUUAAGAUCCACUGGCUGAUGGCAGCACUUACCUACACCAAAGCUGUGUCCUUGGUUUUCCACAGUAUUAACUAUCACUUUAUCAACAUGGAGGGGCAUCCUAUCGAAGGCUGGGCGGUAAUGUACUACAUCACUCACCUCCUGAAGGGGGCGCUGUUAUUCAUCACCCUGGCCCUGAUAGGAACAGGCUUUGCCUUUAUCAAAUACAUCCUCUCUGACAAGGAGAAGAAGAUCUUCAUGAUUGUCAUCCCUCUGCAGGUGUUGGCUAACGUGGCGUACAUCAUCAUCGAGGAGACAGAGGAGGGCUCGAGUGAGUACGCGCUGUGGAGGGAGAUCCUGUUCCUCGUAGACCUCAUCUGCUGUGGAGCUGUCCUCUUCCCCGUCGUCUGGUCAAUUCGACACUUGCAGGAAGCCUCUACUACAGAUGGCAAAGCUGCAAUGAAUCUGGAGAAGCUGAAGCUCUUCAGGCAUUACUAUGUGAUGAUUGUGUGUUAUAUCUACUUCACGAGGAUCAUCGCUAUCCUGCUGAAAGUCACUGUACCCUUCCAGUGGCAGUGGUGUCAAGAGUUUCUGAUAGAGGUUUCCACUCUGGUGUUCUUUGUGUUAACGGGCUUUAAGUUCCGGCCAGCAUCUAAUAACCCGUAUCUUCAGCUGCCUCAGGACGAGGAGGACCUGGAGAUGGAUGAAGUCGUGACAGAGUCAGGUGUGUUGGAGGGCAUAUCAAAGGUGAAGAAGACGUCCAAUAGCCGAGAGAGACACAGAGAGCCUGCCUUGUGAUGUUGACACUCCAGGGGGAGGAGCCUGGACUGUUUAACUCCACCCCCCUUAUUCAGCCAUUCCACUUAUUGUUGCUUCCAAGACAUCUACAGGAGCAAUCAGAUAUCAGCUAUGCAAGAGGGGGGAGAAAAACAGUGUGUGUGUGUGUGUGUGUGUGUGUGUGUGUUUGUUUAAGAGAAAGGAAGUUGUAAACUCUUUCCUUUUGAGGAAAUCUGAAGAUCUGGGGACCGAGAGCAGAGCCAAGAGGCAACGUUUCAUGGAUUUAUCAUAUUUUCCUCACUUUGACAUCCUUAAUCUGUUCUCUCACCUGACUUACUCUCUCCUCCUGUGUGUUUUUCUCUAUAUCCAAAGAUUUACUGUCAGAAUAAUUACAAAUCGUUAUUUCUUUAAAGGAACAGUUUAGCCAAAAAUGAAACUCUAGUAGUCCAAAGCCAGUCGAUCAUCCCAGCGCUACGCCUUUUCUCUCCUACAGUUUUCUUACGGGCUCCACGAGGCCAAUCCCUCAUGACUUACCUAAACAGUUUGCCUUUAAUUGUUCGCAUUAGCCUUGUAACAGCAGAAAAUUGAUCGUGGUGAAGAGGAAGUCGACGUUUAAUUUUUGUCUGAACUAUCCGCUCUUAAUUUAGCAAAACCUUCCUUCUUUCUUAUUUAACUGAUGAUUUUUGUGUGUUUAUGGUUGUAAUUGUUCUUUCUGAUGGUGUGCAUUGAUAUUUUUUGACUCGUCUCGACUUCAUCUGCCCCUGAACCCCAGCUAGAAGCUUAGAGAUAGUUUGUGUUUCUGAUCUACCCUCGUUAACCGUCACCUUCGUCAGUUCAAGGAAAGUUUGUAAGAUGAGGAUGGAAUCUGCAUCACUGUAGACAUCACAUUUAUGUUAUUCCUUUUAAAACGGUGUUAAAUUAAUAAAGUACAUUUGUCUCAUCUUUCUGCUGGAACUUCACCCCAUGUCAAGUAAAGUACAUGAGACACCUUAACCAAUCAGGCAGCUGUCAUGCUCGCUCGACAGAAUGCUCAGGAAGCAAUUCGAUGUAAGUGCACUUAUGGGAGUUAUAGAUGUUAAACACUUAAAUUGUAGAAAUCAGUAUUGAUCCUGAGCUCAAUUAGCUCCAGAUCCAGAAUUACGUGGAUUAAUUUGGCGAUUUUGACCCAUUGAGUGAGAGAGAAUGUCCCAUCAUCUACACGAUCUGGUACAGUGGCGUUGAUCCGAAGCACUGAUGUUGGUCAUUAACAUCCGUAUGCACUUGAUGUUUGUUACAUAAAGAUCUUCAUUAUGUAACAUUUAAUACAUUCGUGUGUAAAAAAUAAAUCGGAAUAAAUUAGUCUAAGUUAAGUCGUAUUGUUGCACAAUAGUCACGUUGUUACACUUGAACGGUCCUGUUUUACUCACGACUCGGAAAGUUCAUUAAUAUACAGUACCGCUAAUAUUCUAUAUGGUUAAUAUUUAAGGAAACGUUGGCUAACGGAGCUGUGAUGAUGAAAAUCUUUACAGCAUCUUCACUCCAAAACAGAGCCGUAUGGUGUCGUGCAGUUCUGAUGGUUACUGUGGACAUUUAUGAGUAUUUGUUCAUCACAUUAUUGGUUUUCAUGUUCUUUUUACGUGUGUGUGUUUAUCUGGUUUCAUUUUCUAUGUAACCCUCUUGAUCCACUCAAUGUAAACUCCUGAAAAACAUCCACUUUUACCAUCUAGAUGAGUCACGAUGGCUACUGUUCAGGAAAUAAGAGCGAUUAAAGGGCUGUGAAUUUUGUAAACACGUCGUGCUGGCUUGUUUUUCCUCGCUAGCUUAAAGUGACGAUAUUUUGUUCAAGUGUAAGGACCUUUUAAAAUAAAAGGAUGUGAAAUUGUGUGUUUUUAA